UCGUUCCUGGGGGGGCGUGGCCUGUGCGCCUGGCAGUCCAGACUCAGGGCGCAGACAAACCCUCGUUUCACCUGCUGUGGUCAUCCAGGUUAAUGGAUAAACUUCCUCCUCCUCUCACUUCCCGCUGCCUUUCUGCUGAUGUUUCCAGCUCUGGUUUCGCUUUGAGAGACUCGAUGUUCUCCGUCCUCGGAGUUGUGAGACUGAACCAUCAAACGCACAAAGAUCCCGCAUAUCCACCGACCAUCGGUCCCGCGCGCGUUCAUGCCGUAGAAUGGACCGCUACAGGUAUUUUAUUUUCAACCAGAGGGGCGUUCUGAUCCUGGGGAUCCUCCAGAUGGCCUGUGCGGGUCUGUGCGUGGUGUGCGGCUUCAUGGACGCCGUUUUCCGCAAAAGCACCCCGCUGAGCCGCAGCAGGACGCCGCUGUGGGGGGGACUGAUCAUGGCCUCUCCGGGGGUUUUGGCUCUUUUUGCCUCCCAAAGGAAAAACUCAAUCCUGGUGAGUGUGAUGGUCGUGGCUGCUGGUCUGUCCUGUGUGGCGUCCGUGGUCAUAUCAGGUUACUGUGGACUGACUCUCACCUACGGCGAGGAAGAUGAAGAUGUUUUCCACCACUUGAACACUCCUGAAGUGACGUUCGUUCUUCAUCGGAUGGUGAAGGGAGCCAACUCCACCAUCAUCCUCAGCUGUGUGAUCAGCUUACUUCUCUCGUCGCUGAUCGCCUUCAUUGGCUGCCGCAGCCUCCCCUCCUGUGGUUGCUAUGACAACCGAACCGGACUGGAAACGCUGGUUCCUCAGAGUGACUCUGCAGACACAGAGAUGGUGUGCACGUGGCAGGCAGGAGGCGAUGACCGGAUCUUCAAUUCUCCUGCUCAGCCAGUUUACAGAGACACUGUGGAGCCGCAGGAGGCGGCGGCGGCGUCCUCCAGUCCGCCUCCUUACAGCAGGAUGGCCUGAUGCAUCCAUGUUUUACACGCUGGUUCCUUCUGGACCCAGAAAAGCUCAGCUGACAUGGAACAUUUCAAAAGUGCAUCCAUGUUAUUGGCAUGUUUGAUUCCCUUUUUGUUAUGUGAACAUUUAUGCAUUUAUUAUUUGUGAUUUAGUGUUUUUAAUAAAUAAAACUA